ACCAUGGUCCAAGCCGCGACCCCCCGCGCUCUCCAGACCCUCCGCGCCGCGCUGCUGCUCCUGCUCCUGGGCGCCGCCUGCCGGCAAUCUGAAGGGGCGCCAGUGGCCUCCGAGCUGCGCUGCCAGUGCCUGGAGACCAUGCAGGGCGUUCACUUCAAGAACAUCCAGAGCGUGACGGUCACGCCCCCGGCACCCCACUGCCCCCGCACCGAAGUCGUAGCCACUCUCAAGAACGGUCAGCAAGCCUGCCUCAACCCCGACGCCCCGCUGGUUAAGAAAAUCAUCGAAAGAAUGCUUAAAAAGUGA